UUUUGCAACAGAUGUCAUGCCUGCAGGUUGUCAAAAUUGCUGUCAGCAUUUGACAUCGACCUCUGAUGCAACUCAUUCUGCUUCUGCCCAAGUUCAAUAUGAACCAUCCGAACAGCUUAUGAAUGCCUUCAGCAACUGCCAGUCUUCAGUCAAUAACGAAUGGAAUAAACUAUGCUACUCCACCCAAGUUUUUCGCGAGGUUACAAAAGUGUGUUCCAAAGAGUGUGACUGGAGCUGGUUAAGUUGUAGUGAGCAUGCCAUGGCUGUUACUCAGUCUCUGCAGCUCAAAUUUACUUCUACUGUUAUUGCAAGAAAAUGUCGCAAAGUAAAUUUGUCAAUUAAAGGUAACUCCAUAAAGCGAACCGGACAAGCUUUGGCAGGGGCUAUCAAAGACAUUGAUGGACUGUUAGCUGAAGAGAAUGAGUUUGAGCUGCACCCUGAUGAUUUAGAGCUGCUCAAUUCUGAGGGCAAUGGACAUCAGCUCAGAACAGGUGUCUAUGAUUUGAUGUUGUGUGUGGGCCUAGUAAAUUUGGAUAGGAUUGGUUUAGCUGAAUUUUCCCCUCUCCAUCAGGGUACUUCUGUUAGUUAUAUGUUAGUUAUAUUAGUUAAAAGUUAUUUCACCUCUUACAUUUUUCAUUUCAGAGCAUCAAAAACAUUUCCCUCUGUUUACAACACCGUCCUUCACUGUGAAAAAUAUCCUCAUAAAUUUACAAAAAUUUUGUAAACACGAAUUAUAAUUUAAGUUGUAAAUUUACGACAGCAUAUGUUUUACUCGCCAAGGGAUUUGAAGUCGAUAAUUACUGCAUGUUUUUUUACGAUUACAAAUUGUAAUUUUACAACUUGUGUCAAGAAACAUUUUCCUGUAAACCUACCUACUUUUUUUCACAGUGUUGCAGAAGUUGUGGGUGUAUCUAGAGAGUUCUUUGUGUGAACAUGUGCAUGAUAUCAUUAUUACUCAUUUAGUGUGAGGGAUGUUGAGAAGUAGGCCUUUUGUGUUGCAUAUAUUUGGGGAUACCUGCGAAUGCAUCAUCAUAUGGUCCAUAUCUGUCAAGAAAAAUUCCUGAAACGGAUAAGUGUCUUUCAUAAUUCCUACCUUUCUUAUCCAUUCCAUAGCUUCCUUGUUACAUUUUUGUGUGCCUUUUCCAAUCAUUCAUUUUCUUCUUCAAUUUCAUAAUAAAUGCCAUGACUUAUAUUUUAUUCGCGUGUAUUUUACAGCCUUGGAGGCAACCCCACAACCACAACCCUCUCUAUCUUCAAGGAGUGUGAGAACUCCCAUUCUUGUCCCAGGCCAAUCUGGUAUGGUGGGUAUUUUCCCAGUGACACCCAGGACUCCAGCUGGACACCGUCCUCUACUCCAUGGUCCAGGCUAUUACCGCGGUCACUCCGCUUCCACCUUCCCUGCUGCCACCAAGCACUGGGAGGGCCAAGUGAUGGCAGCUUGGAGUGGCUCUGUAAGCUCUGUACCAACGACUACUAAUGUAGCUCCCAACCAAUCUGACUCUAUACCGCCUGUACAUCCGAACGGCAGUAGUAUGGAGGAGCUGGUUGCAAAGAAAAUGGUCCAUACACGAACUCUCCAGCCGUUACGGUCUUUCCUGAAGGGGAAAAUCCCCAGAGAAACAGGAGUGAAAAAGGAUGUCCUCGUGGAUGCUGUUUACCACCAUUUUCAAACAUAAUUAUUUCAUGUUAUGGUUUUGUACAUAUUGUAAUAUUGGGGGAAACACGAGGGGAUGCC